AUGGACGUUCAACAUCUUCAGGAUUCAGCUUUACUACCACAACUAGUCGAUGUACCUGUAUUCAAUAGUCCAAGUCGGCCAGAUUUAGGACAAAAAGGACGAUCAAUUGCACUUCGUACUAAUCACUUCAAAAUAUCAAUACCACGAGUUUUUGUGCAUCAUUAUAGCAUUAAUGUUCAACCAGAUAGUUGUCCACUAAUUAUUAAUAAGCUAAUUAUUCAGUAUAUGAUUUCUGCAUAUAGUAAAGUUUUUAGUAGUGUUAAACCUGUGUAUGAUGGUGGAAACAACUUGUAUACAAAAGAUCCACUGCCUAUUGGAAAAGAUCAAAUAGAAUUAGAAGUUACGUUGCCUGGUCGAUUUAGGGAUAGAAUAUUUCAUGUUUCCAUUAAAUGGUUAGCUCAAGUAUCGUUAUUAGCUUUGGAAGAAGCAUUAGAAAGCCAUUCAAGACAAAUACCAUUAGAUGCAAUUUCGGCAUUAGAUGUUGUAAUGAGCCAUUUGCCAUCAAUGACUUACACAACAGUGGGUCGAUCAUAUUUUACUCCUCCAAAAGGACAUUGCCAUUCUUUAGGUGGAGGUAAAGAAGUUUGGCAUGGUUAUUAUCAGUCUGUCCAGCCAUCUUACUGGAAAAUGAUGCUUAAUAUUGAUAUUAACGUAGCACCCUUUUAUAAAGGACAGUCUGUGAUAAAAUUCUUGUGUGAAAUAUUGCAUAUUAGGAAUAUUAGUAAUAAACAAAAAUCAUUAUCAGAUUCACAAAUAUUAAAAUUUACUAAAGAAAUUAAAGAUCUUAAAAUAGAAAUUACACAUCGUGGGAAAAUACGGAUAAGAUAUAGAGUUUGUGGUGUUACAAAAAAAUCAGCUCUAAUGCAAACUUUCCCAUUACAAUUGGAAAAUGGUCAGAUAGUAGAAUACACUGUAGCUGAAUAUUUUUUAGACAAAUACAAGAUAAAACUAAAAUAUCCACAUUUACCAUGUCUUCAUGUUGGACCAGAAUAUAGACAUAUUUAUCUUCCUCUUGAGGUCUGUAUCUUGUUUGGGGGUCAACGGUGUAUUAAAAAGUUAACUGAAGUUCAAACAACAUCCCUAAUUAAAGAAACUUCACACAAUGCUCCUGAACGUGAGCAAGAGAUUAAUUCCUUAAUUAAUCAAAUUAAUUUGAAUGAUAAUAAAUAUGUACAAGAAUUUGGUCUUACUAUAUCAAAUAAAAUGUUAGAAGUGAGCGGUCGUAUUUUAACACCACCAGAAUUACAAUAUGGCGAAGGCACUUUACCUAACCAGGAGGGAACUAAUGUCCAACAAAUAUUGCCCAAACAAGGAGUUUGGGAUAUGAGAGGCAAAAAGUUUUAUAUAGGUGUUGAAAUUAAUGUUUGGGCAAUAGCUUGUUUUGCACCUCAGAAAUCUGUUCUUGAGCAUGAAUUAAAAUAUUUCAUAUCACAACUUCAAACAAUAAGUAACGAUGCUGACAUGCGAAUAGUUAGUCAACCAUGUUUUUGUAAAUAUAUAACAGGGAUAGACCAAGUAGAACCUAUGUUCAAUUAUUUAAAUACAACAUUUACUGGAUUACAACUUGUAGUUAUUGUUUUACCAGGGAAAACUCCAGUAUAUGCUGAAGUUAAAAGAGUUGGAGACACUGUUUUAGGAAUAACUACACAAUGCAUUCAAGCAAAAAAUGUUAUUAAACCAUCUAUUCAAGUACUGUCCAACUUAAGUUUAAAAAUUAAUGCGAAAUUAGGUGGUAUCAAUAGCAUUAUUGUACCAAGCAUCAGACCUAAAGUAUUCAAUGAACCUCUGUUAUUUUUGGGUGCAUAUGUAGCUCGCCCAUCGUUAUGUGACUUAAAAAGAAAAUCCAUUGCUGCAGUAGUUGGAUCUAUAGAUGCACAUCCUAGUCGUUAUGCUACUACUGUACAUCUCCAACAAAAUAGAGAAGACUGUAUUCAAGAACUUAGUUCUAUGGUCAAAGAACUUCUAAUCACAUUUUACAAGAAUACUGGUGGUUUUAAACCACAUAGAAUCAUAUUAUACCGCGAUGGAGUACCUGAAAGACAGUUGUAUCAUGUCCUACAAUAUGAACUUACAGCUAUUCGAAAGGCAUGUAUGACAUUAGAUGGGGAUUACAAACCAGGAAUCACUUAUAUUACUGUUCAAAAACAUCAUCACACUAGAUUGUUUUGUGUUGACAAAAAUGAACAAAUCGGAAAAUCUGGAAAUGUUCCUGCUGGUACAAUAGUCGAUACUGGAAUAACACAUCCUACAGAAUUUGAUUUUUUCUUAUGUAGUCAUCAAGGAAUUCAAGGAACAAGUCGUCCAAGCCAUUAUCAUAUUUUAUGGGAUGACAACCAUUUUCAAUCAGAUGAAUUGCAAACCUUAACAUACCAAUUGUGUCAUACUUAUGUCAGAUGUACACGAUCUGUAUCUAUACCUGCUCCUGUCUAUUAUGCUCACUUGGUUACAUUUAGGGCUAGAUUUCACUUAGCCGAUAAAUAUGAAAGUAAUGAUGAAUUACAAAAACCUGGCUGUAGUGAAGAAAAAAAGACAAGUAUAAUGGAAAAUGCUAUAAAAUUACAUGCUAAUAUUAAGAAAGUUAUGUACUUUACUUAA